CAAAUAUGGCGAAAUCCUCCUCGAUGGCCGACAAGCUGGCCCUAGUGCUGCUGUACGUCUUCUGGUUCGUCGGCAACUACUACUACAAUCUCUACAACAAGCAGGCCUCGAUGAAGGCGGGCGGCAAGGACGGCGGCCUCACGGUCACCAUCUCGGUCAUGCAGAUUGUCGUGUGCGCCGCGUGGGCAAUGGGCCUGUGGCUGAUCCGGCGCAACCCGACGCCGCUGCUGGGGCUGAAGGCGCCUGCGCCGCAGCCGCUGCCGGCCAUCACCAAGGCGGACGUCAUCAGCCUCCUCCCGCUCACCUUCUGCUACGCCUUUGCCCACACUGCGGGAGUCGUCGCCCUUACCGCCGGCUCGCCUGCCUUUGGACAAAUUGUCAAGGCCGCGGAGCCGGUCUUUGCCGCCGUCAUCAACACCCUCUUCUACGCCAAGUCGCCCUCGCUCGCAAAGUGGUGCGUGCUGCCGGUGAUUGUCGGCGGCGUCGCCAUCUCGACGCUUAAAAAGGAGAGCGACGGAUCGUACUCGGUGCCGCUCGAUCUGUACGUGCUCGCCUUUGGCUCCGUCAACAACGUCUUUGCCGCGUUCAAGGGGUCCGAGAACCACAGGGCGAUGGCCGCGCCCGGCCUUAAGGACAGGAUCGGCGGCGUGGGGAACCAGUUCGCCCUCACCAACGUCCUCUCGCUUGUCUUCCUGGUGCCGUGUAUGGUCCUGUCCGAGGGCGCCAACUGGCCCAAGUUCGUCGACCUCUUCACCAACGACGACGCCUUCCGGUGGAACUUGUGCCUCUCGGGCAUCACAUUCUACCUCUACAACGAGCUCGCAACCAUGACCAUCAAGGCCACCGGCGCGGUCACCGCGUCCGUCGCAAACACGGCCAAGCGCGCCAUCGUCAUCGUCGGCAUGGCCAUCGCGCUGGGCAACCCGCUCAAGCUCGAGGAGAAGGUGGGCGCAUCGACGGCGAUCGCGGGCGUCUUCAUCUAUUCGGUCAUCGACGAGCUCCUCGGCAAGAAGGGCGCCGGCGCUGGGCCAAAGGUCAACAACCCGAUGGCGAGCCCCGCCAUGUCGACCCGCUCGAGGACGAAGAAGGUGGCGUGAGCUGAGGCCGGGCACUCCCCCACGCCCGUCCUCCUGCCCGAAUACCUAGCCAGCCGCUCUCCGCUCCCCGAGCCUCGCCCUCGCUCUCUCCCCGCGCCACCACGAGCUCGCGCGGGCGGGGGAGGGGGGAGGGGGGGACUUUCUCUCCUUGCAUCGUACACACAAUUUGGGCGCCGCGCACCGCUGCUCCAGGUUGCGUGGUAUUGCGUUACCGACUGGGCCGCGAGUCGCUCAGCGCGGCGCGGCUCUUUCCGUCAGUACACGGCCGGGGCGCAUAUACGUAGAAUGUCGCGCCGGGGGACGGGCAAUCUGACUCGUUAAGAAACUAGAGAGGCCGUUCAUUCAUUCU